AUGGACAUCAAGCGUGGGCUGCAAGAGUCCAGGCGAGAUCCUGUGGUGUUCCAGAACUGCAUCAUGGUUGUGAGGAAGCCAAAUGACAACCAGCAGAACAUGGUGACAACACAAGGGAGAGAGGACAAGCAACAAGCCACUGGAAUUGUGCUCCAGAAGUGCACAAUCAAACCUGAUGACAAACUGGUCCCAGUAAAGGACAAGAUCAGGAGCUACCUUGGAAGGCCAUGGAAGGAGUUCUCAAGAACCAUUGUGAUGGAAUCAGAAAUAGGUGACUUCAUUCACCCUGAUGGAUGGACAGCUUGGAAUGGAGACUUUGCUCUCAAAACAUUGUACUAUGCUGAGUAUGGCAACACAGGACCUGGUGCCACCACCAAUAUGCGAC